UUGACUCUCGCCCUCCCCAAUGUGAUUCUUAUUGUCCACGUACAAAUUAGAGCACUUUGUUCCACCCCUCAGACUUUGCCAAUUGACUCCCAUGGCUUCGUCAGAUCAGACUCUCUUUCACUACUGUCUUCUCACUCUCUACAUCACAGCCCCACCAACUUUCAUCGCUCUCCACUUCCUCCAAGCCCCAUACGGCAAGCACCACCGUCCAGGGUGGGGUCCCACCAUGUCACCACCGUUGGCUUGGUUUCUCAUGGAAAGCCCCACUCUCUGGUUCACUUCCUUAAUCUUCCCGUUCGGUCGCAACUUCAACAACCCCAAAUCUCUCAUCCUCAUCUCCCCCUUUCUCCUCCAUUACUUUCACCGAACAUGCAUCUACCCGAUCCGUCUUUACCUCAACAAAAAAUCCCCCCAAAAGAGGGGUUUCCCGGUCACCGUGGCUCUAAUGGCAUUUGGGUUCAAUCUUCUCAACGCUUAUUUGCAAGCCAGGUGGGUGUCUCAUUAUAAAGAUUACGACGAGGGCGACGAUGGGCGACUGUUUUGGUGGCGAUUUUUUAUUGGGUUGGGGAUUUUUAUAAGUGGGAUGUGGAUUAAUAUCUGGUCUGAUAAAGUAUUGGUCGGGUUAAAGAAUCAAGGCGGUGGAUAUAAAAUUCCAAGAGGAGGGUGGUUUGAGUUGGUCAGCUGCCCAAAUUAUUUUGGGGAGAUUGUGGAGUGGUUAGGUUGGGGAGUGAUGACGUGGUCAUCGGCAGGUUUUGGGUUUUUUCUGUUCACGUGUGCUAACUUGGUGCCUAGAGCGGUUGGGAAUCAUAAGUGGUAUUUGGAGAAGUUUGGGGAGGAUUAUCCGAAGGGUCGGAAAGCUGUUAUUCCUUUUGUGUAUUAAGGGCUUGUUUUGGUGUUUUUUUUUUUUUUUUUGGGCGUUUGUGAUGUAAUUUGUAGUGUUUUGAGUUUGUAAAAUACUUCAGUUAUGGAAAAGAUUGGACUUCGUUUUUCA